CGUACUUCUUCCUUUCUUUGCUUUCUUUUAACUUAAAACAUCACAGCGGAUUUAACCUUGGAUCUUCUUGGUGUUUAUUUUUAAACAAUAAAAUAAAAGAAAUUGUGGAUUUUUCAUUAACCGGAAGAAUUUAGAUACUUCUUUUAAUUUGAAAUCUUUUUGUUGCUUUUUUUUUUUUAAAGUUAUUUUAUUUUUCAUUUAGCGAUGAACACCACACUGAAGUCUCAUAAUGUCUAACUGUUUUUUUUAAAGAAAAUUAAAUAAAUGUUUUAAAUCUUAAAGAAUUUUUUUCUGAAUGACGAGCAGCAAAAUCUAACGCAAGUGACUUUUAAAUUAUUUUUGACUUUACCAUCAGACUGAAACCUCGGAUGAACUCGUUCAUGAUUUUUAGUUUCGUGGACGUGAGCGAGAAGACUCUGAGAAACUGACCAGAGGAACUGAAGUGCAGCGACUCGAGCUCUGACUCACUCGCGCUUUGUGUCCCAAAAUGAACAAUAAGAGACUUUGUACAGAAGGGUUUUAUUUCAUCGUUAUCAUCACGCUGGAUCGUGUAAAGUUUCCAGUGAACACGUUUAAGGUUUGUCAGUGAACUCAGAAUCACCUGCUCUGCCUAGCGUCCACAUUUUGGAUUUUUUUUUUUCCUUUUUUUUUUUUUUGGUCCGAGGUCCAGGAGCGCUGCAGCUUUGAGCAAAAAAAUCCCAAACCCUGCUCACUUCUGAGACGUCUUCGCCUGAGACUCUGUAAACAGAUUCCAUCAAGUGAGACGGACGGGAAGGAUUCGGUAACUGGUCGAGUUCACACUACUCUUACUCUAAUAUGUGCUAGUUAAAGCAGUAAAGGCAUUCAGGUUUUCUGCAUCGUUGUCUCCAUGUUGGAUCGCGUCAUGUCGCUGAUGAACACACUUACGUUUCCUUGCGAUAAUCGUUUCCCUGAAGUCACUCAGCAGAAACGCGUUCACCUCUAAACAGCACCAGUUUCACAAAAAGUGACAAAUUUAUUUUUUCAUUCUCAUGCUGAAGGACAGUCGGCGACUUUAAAGCUCAUAAGAAGCUGGGUUUACAUUGGGGUUUUGUGUGUGUGUGUGUUUGUGUGGUCAUGUGAUCAGGUAAAGUGUCCAACGCAAUCUUUAGCACACUUGAUUUCAAAACACAAAAGAAUUGACAUUCGUUAAACUGAUACAGAAGUUCUUCUCUAUUGUCAUCGUCGUCAUGUCGAAGUCUUCGGACCACGUGAAACGCCCGAUGAACGCCUUCAUGGUCUGGUCUCGAGCCCAGCGGCGGCAGAUGGCACAAGAGAACCCGAAAAUGCACAACUCCGAGAUCAGUAAGCGUCUCGGCGCCGAGUGGAAGCUGCUGACCGACACGGAGAAGCGCCCCUUCAUCGACGAGGCCAAGCGACUCCGCGCGCUGCACAUGAAGGAGCACCCCGACUACAAGUACCGGCCCAGACGGAAACCGAAGACGCUCGCCAAGAAAGAGAAGUUCUCCUUGGCCCUGCCGUAUGGCGUGCACGCGGAACCCGAGACACUAAAGCCCAGCGCAGACUCCCUGAUGCGCACUUCGGACAGGGCGAGGAUCCUGUUUGCACCGUCCAUCUGCGCUAACCCCUACUCGUUUUUGGAUUUCGGAUCCAAGAUGGCGGACUUCUCGCCACCCCCGCCUCCUCCGCCUCCUCUUCCCCCGGCGAUGCCGUCCUUCCCGUAUCCGUCCUCGCUGGGUUUCCCGCAUUUCCCAGGCGUUCAUGCGCACACGAGUGCACACAACCCGGCCUUUCUGAUGCCAUGCAACUGCAGCGCGUGGCCUUCAUCGUCAUCGUCAUCUUCGUCUUCUUCGUCGUCUUCAUCAUCGUCAUCGUUUUCAACGCCAUUAGCAUACAUCCUGCUGCCUGGCGUCGGGAAAACGCCGAUCGAACCGUAUCACGCUUACGCCACCGCGUUAUGAGACGGCGCUAUUAAACAAACAACUUUUGACUAACAGACAAUACACAUCUUUAUAAAAUGUGUGUGUGUGUGUAUAGGUGUGUGUAAUGUGUUGUAAGGCGAAAAAAUGUAGAAAUGUUUAAAGGUUUAAAGGGAGGAAGUGUGUGUUUAUGAAGUCCUGUGAACCCUGUGAACACUGUGUGUGUGGAGAUGAGGCUCGACGUCACGGCCGUGUUUUAUUCCUCUGACGCCACAGCGCUGCACUUCCUCCGUUAUUAACGACGACUCACUGACACUGGAGACUCGAUCUGUACAUGUCACGUCAACAUCGCCAUGGCAUCUGGUUUCUUAUUGGUUUAUUAUCAGUUCCCCGUACACGGACCCGGUGAAUCAGCUGUUGCUAUGGAAACCAUAAGGUAUUAGAGUGAGCGCCUUCAUAUAAACAGGCUGCUGUAAUAGAGAAUUAAUCAACACCCUGUGACCAGGACACGCCCCCGCUGUGGGGUAACAGAGUGCAAAUGGAAUGUAGGAUGUGUCUCUGGAUAAGUGUGUACAUAUGCAUGUGUGUGUGUGUGUGUGUGUGUGUGUGUGUACUACUGUAUGUAAAGAGUCGCUCUGAGACGCUGGGGUGUGUAACGAUGCUGUAAUACGGCUCCGCAUCACUGUGAGGGAAACGGACCUUUUAACUACUGUGUGUGUGUGUGUGUGUGUGUGUGUGUGUGUGUGUGUGUGUGUGUGUGUGUGUAACAGAUGUGUGUAAGCACUCAUUAAGCACGUCCGAUGAAACUAUAUGGAAAAAUCUGCUUUUAACUACUGCGCGUGUGUGUGUGUGUGUGUGUGUGUGUGUGUGUGUGUGUGUGUGUGUGUGUGUGUCAGUGUUAACAGGAAGGACUUCCUGCUCCUGAGUGUGACAUGACCGAAGAGAAAACACUUCACCUGCUUUACACACACACACACACACACACACACACACACACACACACACAGGUUAAUUUCUGUUCACCUGCUUUUAGGAAUAUUUCUGUGGAUCGCUGGGAGUCUGAAACAGACAAAGAAAAGGAAACAGGAAAUGAUAUUCAGCACUACAGUGUGUGUGUGUGUGUGUGUGUGUGUGUGUGUGUGUGUGUGUGUGUGCGUGUGCAGCUAAAACCUUUUAACAUUUUCUUUUGUAUAAAAAAAGAACGUCUAAAAAAACAAAACGAGUGGAGGUGUUAGGAUUAUUUCUUUAAUGCCGUGUUUAUUAUUUAUUGUAUUUGUUAAAUUACUUUUAUUUGAAGGAACAUUGUAAACACACACACACACACACACACACACACACACACUAUGAGAAUGUGACUAAAAGUAUGUGUGGGUGCAUGUGUGCGUGCAUGUGUGUGUGUGUGUGUGUGCCUGUGUGUGUGUGUGUGUGUGUGUGUGUGUGUGUGUGUGUGUGUGUGUGUGUGUGUGUGUGUAAUAAAGCGCGCUCCUUGCUCUGUAGUGAACACUACACACUCCUCCAAG